AUGAUAUUACAAAGUCAAGGAAGCGAGCAAUCCCAAUUGAAGAAGAAAGUCGUUGAUGAUGAGGCGUGUGGAAGUGUUCAGGACGUUGUGAAUUCGGAAACCCCUUUGGAAACGCCGCGCGGAAAUCUCUUGAAGCUUCUGGAUCAGCAUAUAAUCAAGAAGAAAGCAAGAACGUUGAAGAAACCUGGCAAGAAGAAGACGGUCAAGCAAUCACACAGACCCAUCAGGAAGAGACCUCCUAUUUCACCUUCCGAAAUCGAUCAUACCUAUGCUCCAAGGCCACAAGACGUGGAUUAUGAUCAAUACACUGAUCAGCAGCUACGGGAACUGGUUGGCGAUGUUGGGCUAGAUGCUGAUGGGUUACCAAGAGCGGAACUGAUCAAGACAUGUAAAACCUACCAAGACUUGAUUGUUCUACCCCCCGUUUUACCCUCCUUCACAUUUAGGACAUCACGGCACGCUCCUUUGGACGGCGAAUCGAUUGCUGAUGAAACCACCAAGUCAGGUAAAAGAAGUGUGCCUAUAGCUGUUCCGGCAGAUUCAACCUCCGAUCCCAAAAGUCUCCCUUUACCUUCUUCACCUCCUGACACGCAACCUUCAAAUAUGAAUGACGAUGUACAAACGCAAGAUUCGACACUCGAUCGUGACAAUAUACCUCCUAUUACGCGGGGUGAUUCAGAUGUUGGCAAUAGAGAUCACGAGAUUCUACAAAUAGAAGGCUGGGCUACCAUUGGAUCGCCGGUUCACAAAGCUCCGGAAGAAAUACCUCUACCCAGCCUGGAACACGGGCGCCUGUCCUACCCACGACCCCCUCCGACCGUAUUAACGUCACACCAAAACUCAGCUACCUCCAAGGGUAAAGGAAAGUCGCGAGAGGAAGAUGAUCCAGAUGAUCAUGACUGGGAUCCAUCUUUUCAUGCUGAAGAGUCUGAUUUAGAAGGUUCCGAUCUACUGGCGGGGGAGGCGGAUAGCGAUACCAAUGAUUCAGCUCAGCCUACUUACCAAGGUUCUUCUAAGGGUCGAUUUCAAAUGCAGCAAGGAACUGGUAAAUCAAAUUCAUCACGCAAAAGCGCAAAAAAACACCCACACAAGGCUGCGAGUCCAAAAUCAAUGUCUGAAUCCGAGAAACAAAACCAAGGAGAUGAUCAGAGUCAGGAAAGUAUGCUCGAGAUGAUUCAUGAACUACGAGAUGCUCUGAACAAGACUAACCAGCGACUUGAAAAAUUGACUGAAGAGGUUAGGAUAUUGAACCAAGUGACUCAGAACAACAUAGAUGAGGAGCAAGUCUCGGCGAAAAAGAAGAAAACACGGGGUGGUCGUAUUUCUUUAUCCGUUUGUUUUCAUAUAGAUACUCUUUUAGGUCUAGAAGAAAGCAGUCCCUCACUCCCUGCGCCUGCCACACUCAAUGAAAAAGAGUCCUGGAUGUCUGACUUGGAGAUCGGACUCGUGAAUUUCGAUUUGGAUGUGCUAGACGAAACUAUGGAACCACCCGAUCUCAAUUCAACUGAUUAUUCCGGGCCACGGCAUAAAGAUUCAACACCACAGCAAAUUUCUAUCAUGCAACAGAUGAUGCUCGCUGUAGGGGUAUCAAGCUUUCGACCAGAUUUCGGUCAAGCGCCAACUUCAAAAGACAACAAGUGGCUGUGGGAUUUAGCCUUCAAGAUUUUUAUCAAAUUGGUGGAGUGUGGUGAUGGUAUAAAGUUUACCUUUGGAAGUCCACAUUGUGACUGA